AAAGAAACAGGGAAGAGAGAAAUAUAGAUUAUUAUUGAAAGUACAGUAAUGCCCCUAGAAAAACCUAUCACUCUCACUCGCAACUCAUACCCUGAACAUUCAGCAAUUAACCACCAUCUCCAUCGUUGCUUCUUCGAAGCCGCCGCCACCGCCACCACCACCACCACCGGUUCUUCCAGCGCAAAGCCUCAACCCACCUACAUCAUUUCUGAUUCUAACUAAACAAAAACUUAGCCACCGGUUUGUAUCAACCGGUCUGGCCUGAAAAAUACAAAGUAGGGAAGAAGGAACAAGCUUCAGGAGAAGCCGAAGUAGGAAAGAGUGAGUGGUACUUAAAUCCAACAUCAAAAGAGAAAAUGCUGUACAUCAUCGGUUUAGGAUUGGGUGACGAACGAGAUAUCACACUCAAAGGUUUAGAAGCAAUUCAGAAAUCGGACAAAGUUUACAUGGAAGCUUACACUUCCCUUCUCUCCUUUGGUCUCUCCUCAGAUGGCCUUUCCAAUCUCGAAAAACUAUACGGUAAACCCAUAAUUCUUGCUGAUAGAGAAAUGGUAGAAGAAAAAGCCGGCGAUAUUCUCUCCGAAGCUCAACAUUCUCAUGUUGCUUUUCUUGUUGUUGGUGACCCUUUUGGAGCUACAACUCACUCUGACCUUGUUGUUCGAGCAAAGACGAUGGGAAUUGAGGUUAAUGUAGUGCACAAUGCAUCGGUUAUGAAUGCAAUUGGGAUUUGUGGUUUGCAGUUAUAUCAUUAUGGAGAGACUGUUUCAAUACCAUUCUUUACUGAGACAUGGAGACCUGAUAGCUUCUAUGAAAAGAUUCAACAAAAUAAAAAUAUGGGACUUCACACACUUUGCUUGUUAGAUAUUCGCGUGAAGGAGCCCACACUGGAAUCUUUGUGCAGAGGAAGAAAAGACUAUGAACCACCAAGAUACAUGACUAUAAACACAGCCAUUGAUCAGUUAUUGGAGAUUUCACAAGCACGUGACGAACCCGCCUACACCGAAGAUACCGAGUGUGUUGGGUUUGCUCGGUUGGGAAGUGAAGAUCAGAUGAUAGUAGCCGGAAAAAUGAAGCAGUUACAGUUGAUUGAUUUUGGAGCACCUUUGCAUUGCCUAGUCAUAACAGGCAAGACCCAUCCCUUGGAGGAAGAAAUGCUGGAUUUUUACAGAUGCAGAACUUAGUUACAACACCAACACCAAAGCUUGUUUUUGCAAAACAUUUUUGUUACCAAACAGAGCCUAAAGUUAUUAUCUUUACUAAAUUAAUAGCGUGUAGUUCUUCGCAAACUUGGCAACGAUGCGUUCCCGCGCCAGGAACCUCUCUCAUCCUCUAACGCUUUGCCCAUUUUGUUUUUGUUGGGCUCCUUUUUGGCAUAUUCUGCAGCAGAAGAGAUGAGUUUUUGUUAGAGAAGCAGAAUUUAAAUUUUUACUAUUUGUGGAACCUAUACGAAUAGGUUUGUAAUUUUAAUCUUUUGCAGAUCAUUUUAUGGGAUAUAUUGUGUAACAUUUCAUGUUAAUUAAGAAUCUGCGACUUCAGUAUCACA